AUUCGCAUAAAGUAGUCGAGCGGAGUGGACGUCCCGGUUUUCAUCGAGCUAUAGAAAUAAAAAGGUUCGCAUCAGCGCGCUUAAUUAACCAACUAAUUUGUCGCUAAACUUGAACGUAUAAAAAAUAAAAAAUGCCACAACUUCAGAAGCCCGCACCCGAAUUCUCCGGUACCGCCGUGGUCAAUGGCGCCUUCAAGGAUAUUAAGCUGAGCGACUAUAAGGGCAAAUAUUUGGUGCUCUUCUUCUAUCCACUCGACUUCACCUUCGUCUGCCCCACCGAGAUCAUCGCAUUCUCCGACCAUGCGGCCGAGUUCCGCAAGAUCAAUUGCGAGCUGAUUGGCUGCUCCACGGACAGCCAGUUCACCCAUUUGGCCUGGAUCAACACACCACGUAAACAGGGUGGUCUAGGCAACAUGGACAUUCCAUUGUUGGCCGAUAAGUCGAUGAAGAUAUCUCGUGACUAUGGUGUUUUGGAUGAGGCAACUGGCAUUCCAUUCCGCGGCCUUUUCAUCAUCGACGAUCAGCAAAAUCUGCGCCAGAUAACGAUCAACGAUUUGCCAGUUGGCCGUAGCGUGGAGGAGACACUGCGUCUAGUGCAGGCCUUCCAGUACACUGACAAGUAUGGCGAGGUGUGCCCAGCCAACUGGAAGCCCGGCCAGAAGACCAUGGUGGCCGAUCCCGCCAAGUCCAAGGAGUACUUUGCCACCACACCCUAAGCUAACCAUAUAUGUAUGUAUAUAUAUAUUCGCCUAAAUUUGAUGCGUUGCGAUAUUCUUCCAUUAGAUGGAAGGGAGAAAGAUGGGUAUACCGAAGUGGAAAUCAAACUGCGUCGCACUUGCAUCAAAUGGAGAGGCUGCUCACAUACACACAAACUAGCACACACACACACCUGCACCCAUAUACUUUAAUAUAACGAUAAUCUAGCGCUAGUUCGCUCUACAUGUACCAAGUACUAACUUGCUCUAAACCCUUCCCCCUACAAGCAACACAUAUAUAAAUGUAUACAUGUAAUUUAAGCAGAAAGUUUUCACAAGUUCUGUCUUACUUGCAACAAUAAAGCCGCAUUGAAUCGUAA